CUGUCUUGUUGAAAAAGUAUUGAAAAGGUUUGAUCAGGAAAAGAUAUAAAAACGAUAACAUUUGAUAGAGAAAAUCACUUAGUCCAUCAACAGUUAUUCUAAAGAUGCGUCUCUCAAUCGUUCUUGCUAUUUGCUUUUUAGGAGUUGCUUCUGCAUCUACCUUGGUUAAACGAAACUUCUUCGAUGAUUUGCAAAACAAGUCUCAAGAAGCUUUGAAAAACUUAGGACAUUUCGGAGAAGAUUUCGGCAAAAAGGUCCAAGAUGCCUUAUCCAAGACCGAUUUCAAACUACCCGAUAACCCACUCGGAUUCGCUAAACAAGCUCAAGACUUUUUCAACACAGUCAAAAAUUUCAAUAAUCCAAUCGAACUUGGUAAACAACUCCUAGACUUUUUCAACUCACAAAAGAAAGCCGGUGCUUCGGGAGACGAAAAGUCCACUACCAGACAAACCACUAACCCACUCCAGCUCUUGACCCAACUUGGUGAUCCCGCUGCUUUCGCUCAAACUCUCAUGAAGAUCCUCUCCGAAAUGGCUUUUGAAGGUCGACGAAAGCGAGAUCUUGCCGAGGAUCUUAAGAAAUUCGCUGAAGAGGGAAAACAAAGAGCUCAAGAAGCUCUCAAACAACUCCAAGACCUUUUCAACUCAUUCAAGAACGGUGGUGCUUCCGCUGAAACCUCAACCGAAAAGGCCGUUUCCAAACGAGACGUUUCUGAAGAUUUACAAAAACUCGCAUCCGCUGGUCAAGAAAAACUCCAAGCCGCUCUUAAACAACUCCAAGAGCUUUUCGAACAAUUCAAAGGAGGAUUCAACCACGACCAAUCAUCCGAAACUGUCACCAAACGAGAUGUUUCUGAAAGUCUUAAACAAUUCGGUCAAAUCGCUCAAGAAAAGACCCAAGCUGCUUUCCAACACCUUAAAGACGCUUUAGCUCAAUUACUCGGAAAGAAACCAAGUCAACAAGUUGAAGAUUCAACUGAAGUUUCAGUCUCAAAGCGAAGUAUUGAAGAUUUCCAAAAAUUCAACAAGAACCUCCAAGAACAAGCUCAACAAGCUUUAUCUGGAUUCAAAAACGCUUUCGCUGAUUUCUUCAAUCAAUUCCGAAAGCCAUUCAAACCUGAAGCCGAAGACACCACCGAAUCAUCAUAAAUGAACAUCACCACCUAGAAAUAGUAAAAUAAUAUCAAUCAUGUUAGUUUAACUCCGGUUAUCAAAUUAUUCAACAUAAUAAUUACUUGGAUUUCCAACUAAUCAGCUUCAUCACAGUUUGAUCCUCGAAAUUUCAUUCAGUUUCGAUGAAACUUGAAACAAAUUUACCAUGAUUGAAUCGAAAGUAUAUCUUAGGAUAAUUACCUCUCGAACUUAUAUUGUGAAUAAAUUUGUUCCGAUUAAAUUUUAAAUUAAUCAUUAAA